AUGGCCACAGAACGCUCUUUGGCGACGCUGCUGCGGUCGCUGCAAGCGACUUCCAGCUUCCAAGAUGCUGCUAACCUGCUUCCCACAGCUACCAGCUUCCUGUCUAUGCUGGGAAAUCCCUUGAAUUUGACACUUUUAUCUUCUCAACUCCUCUCCGCGCCUUCGCUUUGGAGUCAACCCGUCGAUCUCCAACAAUGCCGCAAGAUCCUCAGUGUCUUCAACACGGCGGCCAUCGCAGUCUUGCAGGAUGACAAUACCGAUGAACCCCGGAUACCGUACGGAAGGAAUAGAAAGAUUGAUUGUGUUGCAUGGGUCAAGGCCGUCGCUGGGGGCGCUGACGAUAAGUCCCCGCGAUGGAGGCACAUGCUGUUGCUGGGUGGAAUCCUGAUGGGAUUCGAAGGACAAAACCGACAAGGCUUACCACGAAACAUUCGGGCAAAACUCGAGGCCGCGCUUGCGAGAGCAACGCAAAUGGCGCUCGAGGAGCUGGUGGGCCCUGAGACUGGAAUUGAGGGCCAGUGCAUCACGAUGGUGUUGAACUAUAGCUUUGAGCUUUUGUCAGAUCUCGAGAGGAGCAAGCUGGACUAUGAUCGACUACUCCCGGCGAUGAUCCAUUCAGCAUAUUUGUCUUCGGAGGGUCUCGAAGGCGGGUAUUUCUUGGGGUCUAUUGACCGGGAUGUUAUUGAGGCCUCAGGGAAGCAGUUUCGAUGGUCGGCCAAAUCUCCGACAUUUGCAAUUGUCUCGGCGGUCGCUGCUCGUCCGCUUGUGUCGACUUUGGGACCUUUGUCUCGUCUCAUUGCGCAUUCUAUAGAUAAUGCUCGAGAUCCGAGAAUCGUCGCGCAGACUGUUGAUUAUCUCGCCGGAUUUGUUCGGACGCUGAUGGUUCAGUGGCGUCAAAAUAAGCUAUCUGAGAUUGACGCUGUGGAGGAAGCACAAUAUCUAGAUGCUGAAUCCCGAGAUAUAACACUUCCUGCCCUUUGGGCGAUGCUGCGAAAUUGCUUGUACUCGGUCGUGAUCGCCCUCCGAGCUGUGCUCGGGAGAACUAUCAAUGACCCGGGCCUUGGUGCCAACAGCAGCGCCCCAUACCUAUCGAUGCAAUGUCUACACAUCCUUCGCAACAUGUAUUUCAUAUCUUCGCGCCUUGGCCAGAAUGCCUCAUCGCAGCAUACAUUCGUGCUGCUGGCAGCCAUAGACAUCCUUUCACAAUACCCGGAUCUUGCAGAGAACUUCCUGCGAAGCAUCAAGCCCAGCGAGAUUGGACAAAUUCCCACACAUCCCGUCGAACGGUGUCUCGACCUCUUCUUCUUGAACGUGGCAGAGCACUUCCCGCUUGUUCUGUCGCCCGCGACUAACGAAGAACUACUCUUGGCCGCUGCUUUCCCAUAUCUUGCAGCCGGUGCCAACAGCCAACUAUUGGAGAUCUUCGAAGCUGCUCACAGCUUGGUGCUUGUCGUCUUCGCCAUUCCCCACAACGCGGAAUUAGCGGCCAAACAUCUGCCUUUCUAUAUUGAUAACCUCUUUGCCGUCUUCCCUCAUAACCUUUCAGCACGCCAAUUCCGUCUUGCUUUCAAGACAGUCAUACAAAUCACAGCACCUCCUUCACCCUUGGCAAAUAGCCAGCCACUUCUACCCUCGACCUUGCUCGAAGUCGUUCAUGACCGCGCCUUAAACGCCUCAUCUACGCCAAUGCCUCCACAGGGUCCAAAUCCAGACAUGAGCCAAAGUCCACCUCUUUCCGCACAGGCCGUCCUGACUCUUGCUCUGCUCGACUCGCUUUCAUUCCUCCGAGUCGAAGACCUCAAAGAAUGGCUUCCCUUGGCAGCGCAGUUGAUCAACAAGAUCUCUGACCGCAACAUGCGACAUGUCUGCAUCGACCGCUUCUGGGAAGCUUUGGCGGGCGGCGAGAUGGAUGUUGAUCGUGCCCACUGCUGUGUUACCUGGUGGAGCACUGAAGGCGGGCGUGAGCUUGUUUUAUUCGGUGCCGAGACCGGGGAAGGUGGAUCGGACGAAAAUGGGCCUUAUAUGAGUGGUGCUGUCGGGGGGGUCGCGCCUGAGAGUAAGCUAUAA